AUGAUGUCUAGUAGAAGCAAUCGACUUUUAGCAAUGGCAACUAGUGGUGUAAACAAUCAAGAUAGGAACACAAUUAACUAUUGUAAAGAAAAAAUACCAAAGAAACCAUCUGUUUGUCGUAAUUUAAAUAAUAGUUUUUUAACUCAAGUCAAUACAUCAAAAACCAAACAAGUUCUGGAAUGGUUGAAUCAAUCAGAAUCUACAAGAAUUUCUGACGAAACUGUUACAAAAAUAUAUAAAACAAUUAAAACAAGCAACGAUACAGAAGGUGUAGAAAACUUUAAAAAAGAUGGUGAUUGCUUAAAUGAAAAUGCAGUUGAUGUACCCAAGCAAUGUAUUAUGAACGAGACUGAUGAAUCUAUUUGUUACCAAGAAAUUGGUAUAACUGAUGUUUAUGAAAACUUAGACACUGUGGAAAACAUUAUUAAUUCAAUUCCAGAAGACCUUUUAGCGUUGGUUCAAAAUGAAGAUCAAUGCUACAGUGAAAUUCACCAUGAAAAUGUAACAAAUACAGAUGGAUUUUAUGAACUGAACUCUGAAAAAGAUCCAAGUGUAAUAUUUGGCACCUCUGAAUCUGGGAGUGAUGAACAUAAUUUAUUGCACACAGAUACUGAGGCAUUAUUUGGUACUCUUGAAUCAACAACGGCGAUAAAUGAAAUUAAUGGUAAUAACAAUGAAUCUAAUUUAAACAAAAGAAAGAAAAAACCGAGCACGAAAGAAAUAAAACUGGUAAUUGAUCACAUUAAUAAUCUACCAUCUUAUGAGAGCCAUUAUUGUCGAAAACAGUCAACAAAAAAAUAUCUUCCAACACAUUUCACAUUACAAAGAGCAUAUGAUGAGUACAAACUGACCGUUGAAGAACCAGUAAGUAGAUCUCUAUACGAAAAAUAUUUUAAAUCUUCAGGUUUAAAGGUAAAAAGUCUUAAGAAAGACACCUGCGCACAAUGCGAUAGAUUUAAAAUUCAACUUUCUAACAGUUUAUCUCAUGAACAAAGAAUUAAUCUUACUGCAGAGAAAAAUAAACACCAAGAAGAAGCAGAACAGGCAUAUGAAAUGAAACGAAAUGACAUUACAACAAUGUCAAUUGACACAUGUGUAUUGUCUUUUGAUUUACAACAAUGCCUCCCCACUCCUCAACUAGAAAAUUCUGUAUCAUUUUACAAAAGGCAGUUGUGGACCUAUAAUUUGACAAUUCAUAACUGUAAAACGUCAAACGCUUCUUGUUAUGUGUGGUAUGAGUCACUGGCCAAAAGAGGAGCUAAUGAUAUUAGUUCAUGCCUUUUUAAUUAUUUAAAAAGUUUACCAGAAGAAAUAUCUAGUGUAAUAAUGUAUAGUGAUUGCUGCCCAGGGCAAAACAAAAACGGUAUUGUAAUGGCCAUGUGCUUAUACUUUUUAGAACAACAAGAUUCAAUUACUACAAUUGAUCAUAAAUUUAUGGUUCCGGGCCACUCACGUAUGGAAUGUGACUCUGACCAUGGUAAAAUUGAAAAGGCACGUAAAAGAUAUCCAUAUUCAAUAAGCCACCCAUAUGACUGGAUGCAGUUUAUUCGUUGGGCUGGGAAAGGAAAAUUUGUAGUUAAUGAAAUAAAUCAAGAUAACUUUUUUGACUUUAAUGUUUUACUAAAAAAAAAAUACCAAAUGAGAAAAAAAAAUGAGGAUGGUGACAAAUUUAUAUUUCGUGAAGUUAAAUGGUUUCGUUAUACAAAGGAAAACAAAAAUGUUGUAUUGUAUAAAACUUCACUUGAUCAAAAUGAGCCUUUUAAAACAUUAGAUAUGUCUCGAAGAAAAUCUAUUUCUAUGGAUCUGCCAAAAGCUUAUACUGAUACAUUAGAAAUAACAGAAGAAAAAAAAUCUGAUCUUUUAUCUCUUUUAAGUUUUAUUCCAGAAGUGUUCCAUAGUUUCUACCAGAACCUUAAAACAUCAAAAGACAUAAGUGACCAUAUUGUUUCUGAAGAUAGUGACUGA